UCAUUUAGUCUGUAACCACCCACCAAACCAAGCAGCACCACCCGUCCCUCAGUCGAGAAAUCAUCCACACACAGAGAACAUAGUGUUGGGGAGGCUCCGGUCGGUGCGUGUCAGCUGAGAGAGAGAGAGAGAGAGAGAGAGAGAGAGAGAGAGAGAGAAAGGGGGUGAGAUAGAGAGACAGAGAGCAGAGAGAGAGAGAGAGAGAGGAGGGAGAGAGAGAGAGAGAUCCUCCUUGGCACACACCCGUCAGUGUGGCAGUGUGAUUUUGACUGACUGGCUGACUGACGGGGGAUUCUGGAGGAAACACACAGGAAAGGGGACGACCCACACAUUCUCCUGUUUUCUUUUUUCCACUUCUCGCUGUCUGUCACUGUUGUCACCGCCGAUGGUUUUGUAGCCGCGCCGCCUGUACCCACCUCAGCAUCGGGAUUUUACUUUAUUUCUCCUCUCCUUGAUUGGCUGAAACGGGGCUGAUCCCAAGCCACCCUGGGCCGGGCCGUGGGGCUGUUCAGCGAGCCUUAUAGCUGAAGUUGGCACCCGAGAUGAGCGCCUUGAAACCCUGGAGCGGGGCUCUCUCCUCGCCGGGGAGAGGGUCUGGGUCGUGGCGUUGCUGGUGGUGGUGGUGGUGGGUCGUGGUAGUCGGGGUGGCAGUGGGUUCGGGAGACCCGUGGUUGUCCGCGGAAGCAUGCCCGUCCACUUGCUCCUGCAGCAGCACCAGGAUCUCCUGCGUGGACCCGGAGCAGGGUAUCAAUGCUUUCCCCGUCCUGCAGAGCGAGGCGGAGAUGGAGAACAUCACCGACAUUUACAUCGCCAACCAGAGCAGCUUCUCCUCCAUCAACGACAAAGACCUGCACUACUACAAGAAUCUCAGGAACCUAACGGUGACCAACAGCAGGCUAACAUACGUAUCAAAGCUGGCCUUUCAGAACAACAUCAAGUUACAGUAUCUGAAUCUGAAAGAUAACAACCUGUCAUCACUGUCCUGGAGGAUAUUCAGGCACCUCAACAUCUCUUAUCUGAUCCUGUCAGGGAACCCUUUGCACUGCUCCUGUGAGAACAUGUGGAUCAAGCUGUGGUUAGGAGAGGAAGCAGACACUCAGGAGCUGCACUGCAUUGAGGAUGGAGGAGGACGCAAGCUCCUGUCCACACUGGUACUACCUAACUGUGAGGUUCCCAUGGCAACGUUAAGCCCAUCCAAAGUGACAUUAAUGGAGGGGGAUAAACUGGACUUGUCCUGUACGACGUCUGGGGUGCCGUCGCCUGAGCUGAUAUGGAACAUGGCACUGGUCACCAACUAUGAGAUCCAAACAUCAGGCCAGAUUUCGGUUCUAAGACUGUCCAACCUGUCUUCUUUGGACCACAACUGCAAGAUCAGCUGCACAGCAGAGAACAUUGUUGGAGAGAAAGAGUCCUCGCUGCUGCUGGACAUACUCUUUCCUCCCAAAAUCACUAAACUGAGUGAUGCAAUCCCAGACCAUCACUGGUGCAUCCCCUUCAGCGUGUCAGGAAAUCCACAACCGCGUCUAGAGUGGUUUCUGGAUGGUAAAUCGGUGACGGAGGGGCAAUACAUCAUGACCAUGAUCCAUGAUGUCACAGAGAGAGAGUACCACGGCUGCCUGCAGCUGGACAGCCCCACACACCUCAACAACGGACGCUACACCCUCUUGGCUAUAAAUAAAUUUGGGAGAGAUCAAAAAGAGGUGGAGGCACACUUCAUGAGGAAGCCCUGGGAUGGAACAGAGAAGGACCCUUACUAUUAUGAUCCAACCACAGAGGGCCCCCCUGUAGAACCACCUGAAGACAGAGUCGCUGUGUACGUGGUGGUGGGAAUUGCUGCUGUCGCCUUCACUGGUUUCCUUCUCAUGUUGGUUAUUCUCAAGUUUGGAGGAAACUCUAAAUUUGGCAUCAAAGGACCAUCUUCAGUGAUCAGCAACGACGAUGACUCGGCCUCUCCUCUUCACCACGUCUCCAACGGCAGCAACACCCCUUCCUCUUCAGAGAUGGGCCCUGAUGCGGUAAUCAUCGGCAUGACCAAGAUCCCAGUGAUAGAAAACCCUCAGUACUUCAGGAGCACAAACAGCCUCCUGAAGACGGACACGUUCGUCCAGCAUAUUAAGAGACACAACAUUGUCCUGAAGAGAGAGCUGGGAGAGGGAGCCUUCGGAAAAGUCUUCCUGGCUGAGUGUUACAACCUCUCACCUGACCAAGAGAAGAUACUGGUGGCUGUCAAGACACUUAAAGAGGCCAGUGAAAAUGCCAGGAAGGAUUUCCACCGUGAGGCUGAGCUGCUGACCAACCUUCAACAUGAGCACAUUGUCACUUUCUAUGGAGUCUGCGUGGAGAGUGACCCUCUCAUCAUGGUGUUUGAGUACAUGAAACAUGGAGACCUCAACAAGUUCCUCAGGGCUCACGGUCCAGAUGCAGUUCUGAUGGCAGAGGGCCAGACCACCAGACCUGUGGAGCUGACCCAAUCUCAGAUGCUGCACAUCGCUCAGCAGAUAGCAUCUGGCAUGGUUUACCUGGCAUCACAGCACUUUGUGCACCGCGACCUGGCCACCAGGAACUGCCUGGUGGGUGAGAACCUGCUGGUAAAGAUUGGAGACUUUGGCAUGUCAAGAGAUGUCUACAGCACUGACUACUACAGGGUAGGUGUCGGAGGUCACACCAUGCUGCCAAUCCGUUGGAUGCCCCCUGAAAGCAUCAUGUACAGAAAGUUCACCACAGAGAGUGAUGUUUGGAGUUUAGGAGUUGUUCUCUGGGAGAUCUUCACCUAUGGAAAACAACCUUGGUACCAGCUCUCCAACAACGAGGUGAUAGAGUGUAUAACCCAGGGCAGGGUGCUGCAGCGCCCCAGGACCUGUCCUAAAGAAGUAUAUGACCUGAUGCUGGGCUGCUGGCAGAGAGAGCCACACAUGAGACUCAACAUCAAAGAAAUCCACGGUCUGCUCCUCAACCUGGCCAAGGCCUCACCUGUAUACCUGGAUAUACUGGGCUGAACACACGAGGAGGACGGAGAAGAGUUUUGGAUGUGUGUGUGUGUGUGUGUGUGUGGGUGGGUGGAGAUGGUUACUGUAUCUAAGUGUGCAUUUGAGGUUGCAUGCAUGUGUGUGUUUGUGUGUGUGUGUGUGUGUGUGUGUGGGUGGAUAUGGUGACAACUGUACAGGAUGUGAAGCUAUUAUCAAACUCUUAAAGGCAAUCAAAAAAUUCCUCAACCCAUCCCCAAUCGCCUCUUUCCUUCCUUCCUUCCUUCCUUCCUUCCUUCCUUCCUGCCAAUUUCCUCUCCUUUGUGCAUCUCUGCUCCUUCCCUCCUUCUUCCUUACCGGAGAGACAUUUACAAAGAGUAAUUUAACUUUGGAGGAAAAAAACGCUUCUCACUUCUUUUCAAAUGCUUUAAACUGACUGGGGCUAAAAUGAUGAAACCUGAUUAACAGGACUUUAAAUUUAGUGACUCUCCCCUCGCUGCCCGUCGGACAACAGGACUCACUUAAACAGUCGGGAAAUUUCAAGGAGGCGCAGCGCGGGGGGAGGAUUUCCGGAAGCUUCAAUCCUUUUCGUGUAAAUAUGAGACUGUAUGAUGGUGAGAUGUUUCAGAGGAAAUGGCUCUGUGCGAUGUCGAGCCAUAAAGACACUGUGUUUCCCCCCUCUCGCCCUGUCCGUUUGUCUGUCCGUCUGUCUUUCUGUCUGAGUGUUAAUGUCAGCAUUCAUCCAACAGGCCUGUGGAAAAGACUACACAGGUCAUGAUUAACACACUGGUACACAUACGGUAGAUUGACUGUAACAGAAAAUGGAGGAAAAGUAAACACAAUCUGGUUUUCUGCCUGUCAGAUGGCAAAAGAUUAUUUCUGGUUGGCUAAUUUUGCUGAAACAAAAAAAACAAAAACAUAAACAAUACAGUGCCUGCUGAAGCUGAACUGAACUGCUGUGGUGAACAAAUAAUUCAGGAAGACGGCUGAGGUAUUCUACUAUACUGUAAUUGUGAAUGCCAAAUACUAGAAAUGUAAAAAAGCUUGAUCUAUCUGGCACUUACGUACAAUAUCUCAUCAUGCAACAGACUGAUAUACACUAUUAUAAGGAUAUAUGCACUCAUAUCUGCAUACUGCAUUUUACCACUGCUUUCUGUUACAUAUUUACUUUGCUUAGGCCUGGACUGCACUUAUAUACAGCAACAUCGUAAUAUGAUGACUACAAAGUGACAGAUGCUUCACUCGUGAUGUCAAGCGCUCGUGUCGGAGGUCAAUUGAUUAAUUUGUCCGCAGCUGUCCGACAAUCGAGAGGUCUUGGUGUUGAGGGGGGAGGGAGGGCGUAAAGGUUGCUAAGGGAGGCUGGGCUUUGAGUGGUCAAAUCACGGUCAGAUGUGUGGGCGGUGGCGCUGUAGAAGGUGUGGUUCAUUUGGUCAACCCAUAUUAAAUCAUCGAGGCUCUCAGCACUCAGACAUCCUUGAAAACCACAUCUGUGCUAGAGGGGACGACAACACACAUACACACACACAUACUGUAUACCUUAUCCCGUCAUCCCACAAUCUCUACACACACACACAGACACACAGACACGCACACACUGAAAGACACUCAAAACGGGCCGAAGGAAAUUGAAUUGUGCAUGUUUUAUUAUUUGAGCGGUGCAGUGCUUUAGCCAGGCCCCGUCCACUGUAAUGGUGUAAUGUAUAUUUCAUUACAGCCUAAUGGGCUCCAUUAGCACAGUCUCCUCACAGACAUUCAAGACUUAUUGUUUUAUGGCUGAGAAGGAAAGAUGGAGGGAUGGAGAGGUGAAGGAGAAGAAAACAGAGAGAGGGGCCUGCAAUGAGGAGCAGUGGAGAGGAGAAAUAAGAGAAGAGGUAAUAAUGCAUAUUGGGAAGAAAUGGAGAGGGAAGGGAGAGAGUUCAGAAUGGAAGCAAUGGGGUAGAAAGGAGGAGAUGAUGGGAGUGAAAAGGUACGAAUGGGUCAUGUAGAGACAGAUGAAGGAGAAAGAGAAGAUAGCGGAGUGAAAAAAAGGGGGGGAAAGAGAGGAGGUGUGAAUGUCCUCAGGGAGCAAGUGAGAGCGAGCAUCCAUCAUUACUGCGGCCUGCAGAUGUUGUAUAAGCCACAACUCCAAACUUCAUGCUCCCAUCACAUUCCUACAGCUGGCCUCAACCACACACCCCACAUUCAUUUUACUGGCAAUCCACCGACAGCUUACACUGAGAAUAAACUCAAUAAUGUACCACACAUCCACAUUAUUGAGAACCACUUCACUCACUUACAGUACAGCUCACAUAUCUGCUCAAAAGGCUUACAGACACACUGUAUAUACAUCAGCUCACAUGCAUGCAAGGAAACACAUUUAAUGUUUAUUUUGGCAUUUACUGGAGCAGAUUUUACUCUUUACAGACAUAUUAAAAAGUCAUAAUCACUGCAGUUUCACUAACUCAUUUUAAUUAGAUGUAAAACAUCAAUCUGGAAAUAUAAGUCUUAUUUGUUUAUUAACAACAGCACUUGAUGGUAUUGAUGUUUGUGAACUUGAAAAUGUUGAUUUUAUUGAUUUAUAGUAUUAUUAUUUAUAAAUUAAGAAGCAUUUUGUACAUUUCUUUCUAUAUCUAAGGUUGCCUUUUGCAACAACAAACUGAAAUUGAUGACUCUGGUUUAAUUGAUUAUGUUUUAGCAAAUGUGUAAAGAUAGUCUUAAGCGUUUAUGUAUUUUUAUGUCAGGCUCCCUCUUAACAGCUACCUAGCCUGUACUCAUGUACAGUGUACUCUACAACAGGGAUGGAUAUUUCACCAGUCUGCCACAUUUGUAGAUUUAGUUUGACAUAUUGCAAAAUUAUUUUCACCUGUCAGAGCAUGAAUGCAAGGGGUAAUGGCUGAAGCACUGACAAGGCAGGCUAACAAGGUCCUCAAAAAUCCAUCCCUGCUGUAUAGACAAGUAGAGUUUGCACUGAGUGAGCACACUCAAAACUUGCCACACAAUAACUCUGCGAUAAUAGGGGGCAGGGUGUGUGAGGGCCUGUGUGUCAGAAAAAAUGGUGAGAAACAAACACAGAGCAUAUGAAUGCGUCCGAUGUCAAAAGAGCAGAAUAGGUCAAAAGCGACAUCCCAGCUGGCUGCACUGUGUGUGUACGUACCUGCUGUGUUUCCUUUUCUUUCUUUUUUUUUAAUAAUUAAUUGUGUCAAGUUGGACAGCGGUGAUGUUUUGACAGAUAGAAAGAGGCUGUGGUGUGUAAUGAUGAAGACUUCAGCACAACGCAGGAGUGUUCUGUGAAACUUUAACUCUGGCUGAAGAUCGUCUGUCGUUGCAUCGACGCCUCAGAUCAAAGAUAUUAGUCAAACAAAGGAGAAAAGAGGAGGAAAAACAACUGCUGUAUGAAUGGACACCUCAGAAAAGGAGGGACUGACAAUCACAGACUUCUCUCUUUCUCUCUCUUCUUCAAGUGACCUACUGUAAAAUAGACUAUUCAACCAACUUUCCUCUUCUAUGCUGCCUAUACUGUACGUGAUAGUCUUAAACUUUGGUCUCUAAAAGUGCUACUUUUUCUUUUUUUUUGUAAAAUGAAAUAACAGCGAGAGGAAUGAACAAAAAUACAUAUGUACAAAUGUGAAUAAGCUGCUGAAAGAAAUAAGCGUCACAAACUGCUGUGUCCGAGACUGUGUCAGUGUCUAGAUUGUACUAUUUUCUUCUUUUGUCUUAGAAGUGGAGGGCAGAGAAAUUGGUAGCUACAUUGGACUCACAAAUACACAAAAUGACAUACAGCAUCCGCCGGGAUGCAGAGCAGUGUUUGCUCAUUCUCCCGGUGGUGUGUGUCUGUGUGUGUGUGUGUGUGUGUGUGUGUGUGUGUGUGUGUGUGUGUGUGUGUGUGUGUGGGAGAAGGCUGAUUGAUGCCGGAGUGAGUCAGGAGGGAUUCAGACUCUAGCCAAAUCCUAGUUCAAAUGCAAUGAGAUUCAACAGAGGAAUCAGGAAUUGAUUUGUUGUCGCUGUUCACCAAUCCAUGAUAAAUGACUUUACCCAGUCGUGUUGGACUGAGGUUGGUAUUAUGGCAGCUAAGAUUUAUGGAAUCACUCAAUUGCUUUAUUUAUGUCUCCAAAAUCAGCCUUCUUCUUGACACAACUUACUAAAGCCUGGGUUUCACAGAAGUGUACAAGCAAUAUUAAUGGAUAUUUUCUUUUGCCUAUCGCCUCUCUAUAAUAUAAAUACCAGGCUGAGUUUGGGCUAAACCAUGUGACUCAGUGAGCCGAAGCAUAUUCCACAUACAGAUACACAUCACGACUUUGAGUGUGUUACGAUCCAUAUCACAUUUAAUCCCCUCUCUCUCACAACCCCUCACAUCUCAGUCUAAGCUAAUAGAGCUGAAAUAUCAUAAAGGUCAUCUUUAAGAUUACCUUUGUGCUUGGAUGCUUCUGGAGCCCAUACACCCCGAAGAAUGUAAUACCACAAAAACUGCUUCUCUGAGAAAAAAAAAAGAAAAAAUGAAACUGUGAUUUGCUAUAUGCAGUAUUUCUGUUUUUCAGUAUGAGUUUCUUUGGGUUCUGUGCUGUUUGUCUCUGUGUAUAGAGGGUUUCGCAGCUGCCAUCGUGGUAGAAAAAAAGAAGGAUUUUGGAUGUUUUGUGGAUGUUUGGAUUGUGAAAGGCUUAAAAAUAGGAGCAGAGGACAAAACGCUGUACGAUUUCUGUAUGGAAGAGAUGUUAAAAUGUUAUUUGUAUGCCUAAAAAUGCUCUUCAGUAUGUAAGAAACAUCUGUAUUGCGAAGCACACAAGGUAAUUAAAAGCUGGAAAUGCUCUGAUUGAUGCAGCUAAUGUCUGUCUUUGCAAGCAGGUUGUUAUCCGGUAAAGCAAAAGUGCUCCACUGGUGCACACACACACACACAGAAACAUACACCAGAAGGAACUUGUACAGUCAUACAGUUGCGUGGUGAAAACGAUCAUAGUGAGUCAUGAUGGUAAUGAUGAUAUGAUUUCUCUCUGAACGUGGACCAGUCUGUCGUGAUACAAUGUAAUUAAUAAAAAGUGUUAUGUCACAUCAAA